AUCCAAAGUUACAUCUGGCAACCCUGCUGCUGUCCCGUGACAAUAGGAGUUUACAAAUAAAAACAUUAAAAAAAACAGCUGAAACUGGAAUAUAAGAAUCACCCAGCACAAGUGGCGACGGCAGACAGUCCACCAGGCAAUAUGUCACCGAAGAACAACCACGAUCCCACCUCCUCCGGCGACUCCGGUAGCGCCAAUGUCCAAGAGGCCGAUCUGCAGGAGAUGGAGGAUGUGAAUCAAAGUCUGGACGAGCUGAGCUGCGCCCUAGAUGCCGUGGAGCAGCGCACGGACGACAUAAUGUCGCAGCUCCGCGAGCUCCUCGACUCCAACAGGGAAAUACGUCGCCUGCUGGCCGAGGAGAAGGACAAUGCCGAGCAGCCGGAGGAUGACAACAUGGAUGGGCAAAAGUCGGGCAACGAAGCCAAGUAGGGGACACCUGGCCACCUGGCCACCAGUUAUUUGUUUGUUUUGAGCACCCAAUUCCCGUCAAUUGUUUCGUUUUUUUUUGUAUCAUGUAUUAUUGGUUCCUAAUCUCUAAGUAAAUGUAAUUGAAAGCA